CACACAGUUUGUUGAACAGCUGUUCGCUUGUUGACGUUAUCUGUGAAUGGUGAAUGGACGCCAUUGUGUUACGUGCUGACGAAUCGACGCUAAAUAAAUAACGAUUCGAUAACUAUCAGAGACGCUUCAGAAAUCUGCAAUUACAAAAGAAGAAAUACAACAAAUAAGGAAGUAAAACAGUCACAGUUAACAAAAUGUCGGAAAUGCAAAUGGAUUGUGCACUGGAUUUGAUGCGACGACUGCCGCCUCAGCAGAUUGAGAAGAAUCUGAUUGACUUGAUUGAUCUGGCGCCCGAUUUGUGCGAGGAUCUGUUAUCAUCUGUGGACCAACCACUGAAGAUAGCCAAAGAUAAGGAGCAUGGCAAAGAUUAUUUGCUAUGCGAUUAUAAUCGGGAUGGUGAUUCGUAUCGUUCGCCCUGGUCGAACACUUAUUAUCCAGCGCUGGAGGAUGGCCAAAUGCCAUCAGAACGCUUACGAAAGCUAGAAAUCGAGGCGAACUAUGCGUUCGAUCAGUAUCGUGAGAUGUAUUAUGAAGGAGGCGUCUCCUCUGUUUAUUUGUGGGAUCUAGACCAUGGCUUUGCUGCAGUCAUAUUGAUCAAAAAAGCCGGCGAUGGCAGUAAAAUGAUACGUGGCUGCUGGGAUUCCAUCCAUGUUGUGGAGGUUCAAGAGAAAACCACCGGGCGCACAGCACACUACAAACUCACCUCGACUGCGAUGCUGUGGCUGCAAACCAACAAACAAGGCUCGGGAACUAUGAAUCUGGGCGGUUCACUAACUCGGCAAACAGAACAGGAUGCCAAUGUGAGUGAAUCAUCUCCACAUAUCGCGAAUAUUGGCAAAAUGGUCGAAGAGAUGGAGAAUAAAAUUCGCAACACGCUUAAUGCAAUUUACUUUGGCAAGACCAAAGAUAUUGUUAAUGGUUUGCGCAGCACGCAAUCGCUGGCCGAUCAAAGGGAUCAGGCGGCCAUGAAACAGGAUCUGGCUGCAGCAAUAUUGAGGCGUAAUGUUAAACCCGAAUCGAACUGAAGCUGAGUUGAGUGUGAAGCCUUAUAUAUAGACAGUAAUCGACUUCAAAUUACAGCAUUGAGCAAUUAGUAAAGAAAAGAAAACACGAAAACAAUGCGCAUUUCUAGACAUUAAAUUUGUUAACGAAACAUUAUAAUAGAAAACUUGUUAAAUGAAGGAAACCACAAAAAAGAGAACAAACAAAUGUAUUAAUGUAAAUUGAUUGCCCAGUUUUCUGAAACUCCUCACGCUCCGCCUUGUUGCAUUUUUAAUAUCAAAUUUCAAGUCCAGCUCUUUAGACAGUAUCUAUUA